UUUCACUUUUGUAUAGUACACAACAGCAAUAAAAAAAAGUCAAUUGACUUUUUAGCAAAUAAAAUUUUUGAGACUGAAUCACCAUGAAGUAUCAAUUAGGUGUAGUUCUAUUAAUUCCUUUAUUAGCUACAUGUGUCCAUUCCACAUUAAAUCCUAAUAAUAAAAAGUCAAAGAAAAAUCCACCGGAUAUUAAAACAAAUUCAGGUCCUGUUAAUCUUGACGUCUUUGAAAGAGGAUUGGUUGACGUAGAGCCUCACUCUUUGAGUAUCAUACAAGAGGCUAAUACUUACUAUAGAGAUACUAGCUUGAAGAAUUUUAACGGUACAGUUCUAGGAUAUUUAACUCCGUGGAACUCUCAUGGCUAUGAUGUGGCUAAAAUAUUCGGACGAAAGCUGAACAUUAUUUCACCUGUUUGGCUUCAGAUUAUAAGGAAGCAAGAUCUUAAAUAUGAAGUUGCCGGAACUCACGAUAUCGAUGAAAAUUGGAUGAAAGAUACCCGAAAAGCCGGUGUCCAAAAAGUGAUUCCACGAAUCCUCUUUGAACAGUUUACAGACAGAGACUUUUCAAAAUUGCUGACAUAUCAAGAAGAGAUUAAUGUCGUUAGUAAAUUAAUUAUUGAUACAUGCUGGAAAUAUAAAUUUGAAGGAGUUGUUCUUGAAGUUUGGAGUCAACUGUCACAACGAGUCGAUGACCAUCAUUUAGUUAAUCUAGUCAAAAGCAUAGCAAAGUUAAUGAAACAAGCAAAUUUAGAGUUAAUUCUUGUUGUGCCUCCAUCUCGAGCACCAGAUUUAUUUAAUGCACAACAUUUUGAUCAAUUAUGGGAAGAUGUCAGUUACUUCUCACUUAUGACUUAUGAUUUCUCAACGUAUCAACGUCCUGGUGCUAAUUCUCCAAUUUAUUGGAUGAAAAAUGCUGUACAUCACAUUUGUCCAAGUGCUGACAAAGAUAAACGAGCUAAAAUUUUAUUAGGCUUAAACUUCUACGGCUAUGAUUUUACACCAAACGGAGGUGAAGCUGUAAUCGGCAAUACAUAUCUGACUUUAUUAAAAUUCUAUAAAGGAAAGCUGAAACUUGAUGAAAAGGACCAGGAACAUUAUUUUGAAGUCAAGACACCAACAGGCAAGCACUUUGUGUUCUACCCAACAUUAUAUUCAGUUCAACUGAGAAUCGAUCUAGCUAGAGAACUUGGAACUGGACUAUCAAUUUGGGAGAUAGGACAAGGACUCGAUUUCUUUUAUGACUUAUUGUAAUUUGCCAUACCUGCUUGAUAUGCUUAAUGAUUUUUAUAUGCACAAAAUAAAAUAAAACGUUUGCCUUUGAAAUAGAUAAUUAAAUUGACUUAUUU